AGAGCCGCGCCCCAGGAAGUGACUCGCCCCCGUGACCUCCGGCCCGCGGCGCUGUCUGCUGGCCUUUUGGUUUGCCACUGUACGUCCGUGGGAGGCUUUAGUGGCUCCGAAGGAAGGAAUGGUGGGUAUCAAGAGAGGAGUCCUGAUGCACAACCCAAGAUUAGUCCUUUCCAGGGUGGGUUUCUUCUCCAAAUCAGGACUUCUUCCUUGGUAUACCACAAACCCACCAGAUUUGUCACAGUCCUUUUGGGGCAGAGCACAUAAGGGAGAUUUCACCAGUGUGACAGUCAGGAAGCAUCCAAGCCGACAAAAGUAUCAGAAGAAACAAAGGCACUUUAGAUCACUGGAGGACUCCUGGCAGGAGAGGCUGGCUGAUGUUGUGACUCCACUCUGGAGGCUUAGCUAUGAAGAGCAGCUCAAGGUGAAAUUUGAAGCUCAGAAGAAAAUUAUACAGAGACUAGAGUCGUCCCUACGAGUGCUCCAUGGAGUCAGUGAAAGAGUGGCCGCGCCCCAUUCUGAGGGGCUGCGCUGUCACCUCCAUCCUAUUAUACCCUCUCCCAUCAUCAAUGGCUACCGAAAUAAGUCCACCUUCUCUGUGAACCGGGGCCCAGAUGGCAACCCAAAGACUGUGGGGUACUACCUAGGAACUUGGAGAGAUGGGAAUAUCGUCUGUGUACCGUGUAGCCAACUGAAAAACAUCCCGGAAAAACACAGUCAAGUAGCUCAGGUAAAAAUGAACAAGGUCCUGAUUUCGUGUUCUGGGCAGGAGGAGCUCUGUGUUCAGAAGGUGACCUUGAGGGACUUUUUCACUAAAGGCCCUGGAGCAGUCUGUGAAUUGACCUCACUCUAUUUCCAGGAAAGCACCAUGACCCGUUGCAGUCAUGAGCAGUCCCCCUACCAGCUCCUGUUUGGGGAACCCCACAUCUUUGAAGAUCUUCUGGGUUUGAAGAUCCGCAUCUCUCCAGAUGCCUUCUUCCAGAUUAAUACUGCUGGUGCAGAAUUGCUGUAUCAGACCAUUGGGGAACUGAGUGGAGUGGACUCCAAUACCAUCCUCCUUGACAUUUGCUGCGGAACAGGUGUGAUUGGCCUUUCUCUGGCUCAGCGUGCAUCCCAGGUCCUUGGCAUCGAGCUGGUGGAGCAGGCAGUAGAGGAUGCCAGGUGGACUGCAGCCUUCAAUGGUGUCUCCAACUGUGAGUUUCAUGCUGGUAGAGCAGAGAAGAUUUUGCCACAGUUGUUGAAGUCGCAGAAAGAUGAGAAGUUAACUGUUGCUGUGGUGAACCCUGCCCGUGCUGGACUGCAUUACCAAGUGGUGCAAGCCAUUCGGAACUGCAGGGCCAUCCACAGGCUAGUUUUUGUUUCCUGCAAGCCGCAUGGUGAAAGCACAAGGAACUUCGUUGAGCUAUGCUGUCCUCCAAAUUCUGCUAAGAAGCUCCUCGGUGAACCUUUUGUCCUGAGACAAGCUGUACCUGUGGAUUUGUUUCCCCACACCCCACACUCUGUGCUAAUAGUUUUUUCCCUGAUAUCUGUCACCUAUGGAGCUACCCUCUGCAAUAUGUUGGCUAUCCAGAUCAAGUACGAUGACUACAAGAUUCGGCUUGGGCCACUGGAAGUACUUUGUAUCACCAUCUGGAGGACAUUGGAGAUCACUUCCCGCCUUGUGAUUCUGGUGCUCUUCUCAGCCACCUUGAAGUUGAAGGCUGUGCCCUUCUUAGUGCUCAACUUCUUGAUCAUCCUCUUUGAGCCCUGGGUUAAGUUCUGGAGGAGUGGUGCCCAGAUGCCAAACAAUAUUGAGAAGAAUUUUAGCCGGGUUGGCAUGGUGGUACUGAUUUCUGUCACCAUCCUCUAUGCUGGCAUCAACUUCUCUUGCUGGUCUGCCAUGCAGUUGAAAUUGGCAGACAGAGACCUUGUUGACAAAGGUCAGAACUGGGGACAUAUGGGACUGCACUAUAGUGUGAGAUUGGUAGAAAAUGUGAUCAUGGUCUUGGUUUUUAAGUUCCUUGGAGUCAAAGUGUUACUGAACUACUGCCAUUCCUUGAUUGCUGUGCAGCUUAUCAUUGCUUAUCUGAUUUCCAUUGGAUUCAUGCUCCUUUUCUUCCAGUACCUGCACCCACUGCGCUCACUCUUCACUCAUAAUGUGAUAGACUACCUCCAUUGUAUUUGCUGCCGCAGACACCAUCAGGAAAGGGCUGAGACCUCAGAGCCAUCAGGUGAGGCUGAAACAAGACAAAGUAUUGUCUGAUUCUUUUUCUUCUGAACAUUAUAGGGUGGGUUUGGGGUUGACAAGAGCAACUGUGAAAUUGAAGGAGAGGGUGUACUCCCAGGAUCAUUUUCUCGACUCUUCUAGUAAGCCUAUCAAAAGAAAGACUGACCUCCGAAUAGGCUUUCCUUCUUUAUGAUUGACUGCUAUGUUUGGGUACCAGCACUAGACACUGUGUAUUUAGUUCAUCAUCCUCCUACCCAAGUCAGUUGGAAUAACUUCCAGGUGCCUCACUGAGGCUCUGAAUUUCCAGCUUUGCUCAAUUGUUUGAAUUAUUGUUGAGUUUCCCUGGGCUGAUUGAACUCUGCCAUGGUAUAUCUGGACUGAUCAGAGGAUGUGACAGCUUACUAGCAAUGAGAACCUCCCAGAAAACAGUCUGACCUUUACCUGAGAGAGUAGAUGGGAUAUUUUCUCUAAUGAGAAACUGUGGCUAAGAAGGCCCCAUUAUUAAAGAAAGCUACUCCCCAGAUGAGUUAAUACUCCAUUAGGAUUUUACUAGUGCUCAUUCAGCAAAGAAUUCUCUUUUUAGAAGCCUUCAUAGGCACCCCUUUAUAGAAGGGCAUGCAGAAUAGGAUUCCUUCAGGGAAUAUUCAGAAUGGCAUAUUUUUCAAGGCAGGAUCUCAUGUAUCUCCAGCUGGGCUCAAAGUCACUAUAUAGCUAAGAACUAUGUAGCUUGAACUCCUGAUCUUUAUUCCUUUACCUUCUGAGUGCUGGGACUGCAGAUGUGUGCCACUGCAUCUGGUUUCUAUGGUGCUGAGGACUGAACCCAGGACUAGGCAAGCACCAUUUAUGUGGUGCUGAGCACUGGACCCAGGGGCAGAUAAGCACUCUACCAACUGAGACAUUCCCAGGCCCCAGAAUGACUCUUCAGGAACUAUGUGAGCCUCCAGCUCCAUUGAGGGAAAUGUUUAAAUGAAAUUUCUCACCUGGUAUCCCGUUAUUAGGAAUUCCUUCUGAUCCGGCUUUUCUGUCUCUUUGCAUUUUAUUACUUGAUGUAAACAGCAGAGAAACUAAACUGUUACUGGAAGUGUUUAUGAUAUGUGAAAGAAAUGAAGAUUUCUUUGUGUCUGCUA